GUGACCGAAAGCGGAAGCAAUGAGCUUACAUCAACCGCCCCAGUUCCUGCCGACGCCCGGGAAGCCCGCCAUUCCUUGGACGCAGUGGCACCGCCUUUUCAAGAAUUAUCUCCUGACGUCUGGGAGCGACGCUCACCCACCUGCGAGUCGUAAAGCUUGGCUGUGGCACUGUUUGGGUACUGAAGGCCAACGCUUGUACUACGCAUUGCCGGAGAAGAAACCGUGGACGCCGCAUACAGAGCAAAAGGAUAAAUGGGGCACGAGCGACGAGUACGACGCAGCAGUGGCUACGUUGGACGCUUACUUCACUUCUAAAACGAACGUCGUCGUGGAGCGGCAUAGGUUCGUACAACCAAUUCAACUGCCUGGGGAGACCGCAGCAGCGUUCCUCAUGGCGUUGCGCAAGCUGGCAUUGAGUUGCGACUUCGGUAAGCAAGUUGACGAUUUCAUUCGUGACCAACUUGUAGCGAAAACGAGAAACCAUGUUCUCCGGGAACGCCCACUUCUAGAAGGCACUUCGCUUACUUUUGAACGUGCGCUGGCUACUGCGAACCAUAUUGAAGAAGCUCUCGAAGCACUGCGGCUGCACAUUAACGGACCCUCUGCUUCCACAGGUCAUAAAGGAGGCAACGUCGGGAUGACCUGCACUGAAGAUGUUGCCUCCCGAGGCAGUUCCGUUCUACCGGGUGCGGACUGA